AAAUAAAACGACACCACACGAGAAGCGGCACAGCGAGAUUUUUUUGUGUUUAUAGUUCAUAUGUGGGAUUUUCGGUCUAUUUUCUUAGGUGGUCUACAUGUUUAAUUCUGGAUUUACAUUAAAUGUAUGAUAUAUUUUAAAUUGAAAUGUUUGAGUUCGGAUAAUUGCCCUUACCUUCCACUGUGCCUGUUUACAUCUUUUAUAGCUGUUUUUUAUCAUUAUUAUAAUGCGCAAUUUUAUUUAGGCUCGGGUAAAGUGUCGUUUUGAAUCUAAACCGCGGAUAUGUCCGCCAGAAAAGAAGUAUUCCAAUCUAAGGUCCUACAAAGACUGUAUGCUGCAGCGCAAGGGCCAAGUGUGACGCAACCGGCUGCUCAGGAGAGCAGUGCACCCCUGCCACCUGUACAAAGACCUCAGUCCAUCCCAUCCAAAACAUCAGGUAAUGUGAAGAGAACAGCUGUGCAGGGUAAAAAGCUCUACACUGUACUUCCUCCUCCUGAAGGCUACUUCAUUACUAGCAGGCAUAAUUCAGUCACAGUGUCCAAUCCAGAUCCCACUGACUCUGAGGACAGCCCAGCUGAUGCUGAUGAUCAGGAGUUACAUAAGAAGAGGAAAAGGAAGAGAAAGAAAAAAGUGUUUCCCAUUGCAACAGCUGAAGUAUUGACCUAUCCAGCAGAGGGCAUUGUAGAGGGUCUGGCAGAUGUUGCACAUCCCAUUGAUGAAGGGGAUACUGGAAGCUCAUUGAGCACAGAGAGACUGAGCAAGAACAGAAAGAGGAAGAUGAAGAAGAAACGCCACAAAGAGAAACUCCUCGCCCUUGGACUGGUGCCUCGAACGAGAGCUGUCGAAUUCACAUUCGCACAGAAAGAUGAGGGGAAUUCAGAGGAGGUGCUAGACUUUCUUCAGACAACCUUGGAAACCUACCUCUCCGACCGCAAGACCUCUGGCUCCAGUGUAGAAAGUGGCCCCUGUCUUUCACUCUCUGCAGCAGAGACUCUAUUUUCUCGUCUCUCAGACUCAACGCUGCCCCCUGCUGAGAUCUCCAGGCUGUGUGGCCUCAGGGCUUUACUGGUGAAAAAUGAAGCACAGUUAAAAUCACAGUUGGAACAGUUCAAAGACACAAGCACUUUACCUGCAGAUGAGGUUUCAGUAGUCUGCUCUCUCGUCGAGUACUGGCUGACAGAGAUUCUGCCCAUGCAGAGCGAACAGAAGACAUGACGCCUCCAGAUUCAGCGUCUGAGAGGAAAACCCCUGUGAACAAGCAGCAGGUCUCUGAUUGUAAUAUCUCAUUAUGAAAGAGAUAUUCAUCUAUGCUGUUUUAUAGUGAAGGAAUUCAAGAAACGCAAGAUCAGUCGGCUGUAGCAACAAAUUGGCUUCUUUUUGAAUACCCAGAUUGAUGUAUUCUAGUUUAUGUUGCUCUUGCAUUAGUAAUUACUCAUGAAAUACAGAUUUUUUUCACAUUUUUGGCUUUUCAUCGGGCAGCCAUACACUCUGAGAGGAUGUUUCAGGAUGUAUGUUUAUUGCAAGAACAACACUAGAUUGUUGUUAUUGACCGUGACGCUGGAUCAUGGGACUUCCACAGCUCAUUAUGAGGAGUCUGUGCUUUAGCUUCUUAGUGACUAAUUAUCUUAACCUCGGAACGUCAGCAGGCCCUCACUGAUCUCAGAGACUGUUUGGAUCAUGACAUUUAAGCUUUUGCGCUCUAGACUGCUCAUUAGCAUUAUUUUCCCAAAACAGAGCCUUGUUUACGUUGUUUUUUUUCUCCUUUAAAAUGAGUUACUUUGGGGGUGGUUGCGACAAGCCACUGUGACCAUCAGUAAAUAUGCCUAUAAAGAUUUUUAGUUAAUUAGAUACUUCAUUAUUCGCAAGAGGAAAUUAGUUUUUGCUAAUUCUUCAUAGACAAGGACACCAACAGAGCAAAACAUGUACACCUGAACAUUAUACAUUCAAUUCAGACUUACAUUUCAACAUACACUGACACUUAUGUGGGUCAAAGUUGAGACGUCCCAUUUUGUAGUCCAGAUCAAAUCAAUUUUACAAAAGUGUAUACAUAGAAAACAUAUUAGAUGCAAGUGUCUACCUUAAUGGUUUUUUUAGGCAAGGCAAGUUUAUUUAUAUAGCACAUUUCAUACACACUAGCAAUUAAAAGUACUUUACAUAAACAGGAACAAAAGAGAAGUAUAAGAAAAUAAAAACAGAUAUGAAUGUGUUAAAACGGGUUAUAAAUGAAUGAAAAAGAAAAGACAUAAUAGUGCCAUCUGUCAGAUGUAGCACAGUGCUCAUUCAGUAAAAGCACAGCUAAACAGAGGUGUUUUCAGUCUUGAUUUGAAUGUACCUAAUGUUGGAGCACAUCUGAUCGAUUCUGGAAGCUGAUUCAGUGAGCGUAUCUGUAAUGUAUUGAGGUCCUAGGCGAUUUAGUGAUUUAGUGAUUUUAAUACUUUAAAAGCUAUUCUGAAUGUAACUGGGAGCCAGUGUAAAGACCUGAGGACAGGUGUGAUGUGCUCUGAUUUUUCUGGUUCUGGUCAGCAGCGUUCUGAAUGAGCUGCAACUGUCUGACUGUCUUUUUGGGGAAGUCGGUAAGUAGUCUAUUACAGUAAUCCACUCUGCUGCUGAUAAAACCAUGAACAAGUUUCUCUAAAUCCUCACUGAAAACAAAGGAUAUAAUUCUUGCAGUGUUUUUGAGAUGAUCGUAUAAAUAUCCAAAAUCAAACAAAAAGUGCUCAGGGGUAGCUUAAUUAGUGUGGCGGUGCUCUUUGGAUAAGGGAUUAUUAUCUAAGGAACGUAAAUCCAAGGCACUUAAAAAAAUGUGGAAAAAAUAUUAAAAAGCCCUUUUUUUACAUGGCUAUUCCUUAAAACUGCCUAUGCAUUUCGGCAAACACUUGCCUUCAUCAGGGUAACAGAGAUCAGGUGCGAGUUGCUGUGGAACAUACAUUUUGAGGUUGCACUUUGGCCUUUAUAUGCAUUUAAUGUCAUCAAAUGAUUCCUGUCACUAAUAAGCUGUAUAGCACUUGUGUAAAAACAGUUUUUAUCUUUGGACAAUAUAUAAAUUUGUUUAUAAAAAUGUU